AUGUACGAGCGACAGAGGGUUUGGCGCGCUUGUCAAGCAUGUCGCCGCAAAAAGAUCAAAUGCGACGGAGAGCACCCGUGUCAGAGCUGCACGCGCAGCAAAGCCGAGUGCGUCUAUGUUGAACCUCAUGGAAACAUGAGGCUAGUGGAUCCACAAUACGUUAUGCAACUUGAGGAUCGCAUCGCAGUGAUGGAAAAGCAAUUGAAACAGCAGUCACCUACCUGGGAGCAACCUGGAGACUCUCUUAUUUCAUCCGAACAACAUGUAAUCGAGGAUGAGCGUUCUCGCUGGCCGGCGGCUCCCGCUUCCGAUGGUGCACUAUCCGACCCGCCAGAGGCAUUCUUGCGUGCAUCAUCUUCCACAGAUGCCGCGGCUCAGACAGCAGAGUCAAUACCAAUUUACUGCUCUCCAAUGACAGGGAAUAGCACCCACAGAGUGCUAACUGAAAUGGCUUUCGAGAGUCUUGGUGCCGAACAAAGCAACACAUCGCUAAUUGCGGAGCCAACUCUCGACGUGACAAGAUUGGAAGAACCAAUCCUGCACGCUCUGAUUGAAAUAUUUUACUCCUCUAUUUACCCCAUUUUCCCUAUCAUUCACCGGCGCAACUUCCAGUCGCAAUAUGACCGUUUGACAUCUGCUUGGAAAGACGGCAGGGGCACUGGCAAUGACGAUACCGACUUUUCGUUUCUCUUGUAUGCGCUUCUCGCCGUGGCCGCAUCGAUUCUCCCAUCAGAACACACAGUCUUCGAUCAACCCGGCCUGGAAGUAUACAAAUGGGUGGAUCUAGCUGAUCUUCUCUUCUCACAUGCAACUUCUGUGUCCCCGGGGAUUCAAUAUCACCAGAACGGGACUUCUGCAAUCAAUGUCGUUAUCGCGCAAGGUCUUCUUAGUCUCUAUCUGACUGAGAAAGGCAAUGCAAAUGAUGCAUGGGUCACCGCCGGCCAUGCAAUUCGCCUGUAUCAGGGCCUGGAUAUCGAGGACAGCGUAGAUCCUUGCGCAAAUGCGGGCAAUCUGCCAAGCACCCGCAGCAAUAUUUGGUGGUGCUUAUACAUCUUAGACCGCUCUCUCUCGACCGCAUUGCUGAAGCCCUUGGCUAUUGACGAUGCCGAAAGUGACAUUGAACCCUACGACGAGGAGGAAAUCUCAACAUCGACUCUGGGAACAAAGACGAACCCCUGGUUUUCAGUUAUUGCGGAAUUUCACAUUACUAUGGGUCGCAUCUACCGGUCUGUCCGAUACAUUCGCAAAUCCCAGCCAUUCAAGGGUGCCGAAUUGAAAGAUACUCUGCGAUCAUAUGUGAAAAAACACGAUGCAGAGCUUGAAAAGUACUAUACCAAGCAGGUACUACCGAAGAUCGAUGCACCUAGUCAAGCAAUGGGGCCGCUUGUACUGCAGACAAUUGCAGUUUCAUCCUACUACAUCGGACUUGUUUUGCUAUAUCGUACCUUUAUCGAGCGAUUCAACAUCGCCGAGCCAGAGAUAUUCCUUCGCUGUGCAGAAGCUGCAUCGAACUGCAUCAAAGUUACCCCGCAAGUGAUUGCCACUGUUCCUGCUAGCCACUUUGUCAUUCAACAGAGCCGUGCAAUCUAUGCCAGUGCCAAGGUACUUUUGCAUUGUAUGCGGCUGGCCCGUAACCCGAGCUUUACGCGCAAGGCAUGGCCAGAUGUCGAGAGCGGUUUCAACAUGCUGCGAGAUAUCAAGAUCCAAUGGCCUGAAAUCAAGAAAUACCAAGUCCUUACUGAAGAGGACAUGCAUACGACGCAGAUAGAUCUUCAGAAACAUGACUUGUUUCAAAGGACGUUCGAUCGCUACGGGCGGGCUGGUCAAGAUCACCAUGAGUUUGAUCGCCAAUCAAAGCGACGCAAGAUAUCACAAAGUACCUGUCACUCCCAGACUUCCACUGCUGCUGCGACUCAAAAGUCACCGGUGAUACGCGAAGAGAGUGAUUGCCCCCUGGUGGACCAGAUAACUAUUCCUGAUGGUUCUUUUCUCUCCGACUUCGUCCCUCUAUCCACCACAUCAGAAGAUUCACCGGACAACUUUUUCGGAGAUGCUAUGUUGAUGGCUUCCAUUGAUCAAUUCUUCUUACAGCAAGAGCGAUAG